UGUGAGGAGCAUCGAAUCAUUGCGUUGGCGCGAGGAUGAGGGAAAAUAUAGUGUUGUUUGGAGAUUCGUUAACGGAGCAAUCGUUUCGAGAGAAUGGAUGGGGUGCUGCACUCGCCGAUGCCUAUUCUCGCAAGGCUGAUGUACUCGUUCGUGGUUAUGGUGGAUACAACACUAGGUGGGCUUUGUUCCUACUGCAUCAACUCUUCCCUCUGGAUUCAACUAAACCGCCUAUUGCUACCACAAUUUUCUUUGGUGCUAAUGAUGCAGCUUUGUCGGGAAGAAGCAGUGAAAGACAAUAUGUACCAAUUGAAGAGUACAAAGAAAACCUCAGAAAAAUUGUUCUACACUUGAAGGAAUGCUCACCAACUAUGCAAAUUGUGCUUAUUACUCCACCUCCAGUUUGUGAGGAAGGGCGUCAAGCAUAUGCACAAUCCUUAUAUGGUGAGAAUGCUAGAAAAUUGCCGGAAAGAACAAAUGAAGUAACUGGUCAAUAUGCAAACGCAUGUGUUGAGGUAGCUAAGGAAAUGGGUGUUCGGUAUAUCAAUCUGUGGUCCAAGAUGCAAGAAACAGAUGGCUGGCGAAAGAAAUUUUUAUGGGAUGGGUUGCACCUGACACCAGAAGGAAAUGCAGUGGUCUACCAAGAAGUGAUAAAGGUGUUCAAUGAAGCAGGGCUUUCUGCUGAUAAAAUGCGAUAUGAUUGCCCUCAUCACUCAAAAAUUGAUGACAAAAAUCCUGAAAGCGCUUUCCAGCAGAAUGUUUGUGAUGCCUCAUUGUGACAGGGCUUUGGUCUAGUCUUGCAAUGGUAUACUCUGUUCUAUUUGAUGACCUAUGAUUUUCUUCCUGAACUAUAUACAAGUUUCUCGGUGCUUGUACCAUCAAGAAGCAUAUGUUCAUUUACCUGUUAAUUUGGUAUUUCCAUAUGUACAUUGAUGCCCUGAACUUUUGGCUAACAAAUUACAAUCACGUCUAAU